GCAGCCGCACCUACUGGUAGCGCUUACGACAGUCAGGUGGGGUCAAAGAGAGAUAAAUCGGGUGGUUGUCGCGCCAUCAGAGAACGCCUGCAGUCGUUUACGAUCAACCAAACUCUUCACACGUUCUCCGAUCUCAAGUAGAGUACCCUAAGCAAGAUGUGGGAUGAUGUGGUAGAAGAAGACGCGCCGAAGCCAACAGAGGCGCCCGCAGCAGCACCAGCGGAAGGGGCUGAGGGUGCAGCUCCAGAACAAACUAAACCUGAAGAAGCUGAACCACCACCACCAGAAAAUCUUACUCGUGGCAAUGAACCAAAGCGACUUGUUUGCAAACACUGGGUUAGGCCAAAGUUCUUACAAUACAACUAUAUUUACGACUAUCAAAGGAAUUACUAUGACGAUCUAAUCAACUACAUGGACAAGCGCAACCACGGUAUUCCCGUUGAGAGACCAGUCCCACAAACCUGGGGCGAACGCGCUCUUAGAACCUACCUCUCGAAAGGCUAUAGCUAUAGCACCAAGAAAUACAGCAAAGACACAACUCUUCUUCGUCAUAUCUCAGUCGGCGCCAAAUUUCAACGCGCACAUGUGAAGUCGCUUAUCUCGAGGAAGUAUUCCAGACUAGGAAUUAACUCCGUUUACCUAUAAGCUUCGCUUUAACAAACGCUUGACAUUGCUGUGCGGACUUAGCUCCGAUCUCCGAUCGUGAACUUUAUGUCAAUUUUACAGGCUUUCGUUGUCGUGAUUCCGCCAGCGCUAGCCGACCAACAGGCACGACGAUAUUAUUCAAAGUUGUCCGCAUUCCUCUGUCUAUGUGAACUUGUCUUGAGCAACGAAUAAAUUUUAAGUUUUA